CCCUAGUGGGGUCCCGAAACCCUCAGUGCCGCUCGGCCCGGAGGAUCCGGGAGGAGGGCUCCGAGUUGCGUGCGGGGCGGUGGCCCUGAGACCGCCCCGGGCGAGUAAAUGGCAUUCUGCGCGGACCUGGGACCCUGGCCUUCGAGGCGGGGACCUCCGGGCGCUUUAGCGCUACGCUCUCCCGCGCCUGGGGACGGCGGCGGCGGGAAGCCUCGUACUUCCGGUCCGUCUACUCUGGGUCCGCGCCUUCAGUUCCGGGCAGGUCCGCAGUCUGUCGUUUGCCUUCUCCAGGCUGCGUGGGAGGUCGCGCCCCACGAGGGCAGGCCCAGGACUACCGGGGCAGCUCCGGGUCCCUCCGGUGGCGCCUCCUGGCCUUUGCACUUGGCUUCCCCUGCGCGUGGCCAAGCCCGGCGGCUCCUCUCCCGCGGUCGGACCCAGCGCCAACGCCCCCGUGGAAAGGCAGAAGAAGCCGCCGCCCCUCCCCACAUUCCAGCGGCACUCCGCUGGUCGUCCCCGACGGCUUGUUCUUCUAAGUGGACGCCUAGUGCGUUGCUUGCCUUCACUGCCCCACUUCACUCCGACCCCGGCACAGAUGUCCAGUUCUCCCCUCUUAAGCUGAAGAAGGCUGCAGCGGUUCCAGCUGAUGUGCUCAGAGCUUCAAGUUCUACAGGAAAUGGAGGCGCCCGCAGAAUCCUCGGCCCCAGAUGCUCACAGGGUGACAGAACAACAGCUACGGUGAGAAAAAAACGUGAAGCCUGUCCCCUGUGCACCUACGGCCCCAGGCGAAAGCCCCCUGCCCAGUUAAACCCUGGAAGUGCUCAGCGUGCGUCGCGAACACCGAGUCCUAAAAUCCUGAAAGGAGGGUCUCUGGAAAACCAGCUGAAACCUAAACGGCCGGCGCGGUGGCCCACGCAGCUCUAAUCCCAGCGGCCCAGGAGGCUGAAGCAGGAGGAUUGCAAGUUUCAGGCCAGCCUCAGCAACUUAACGUGGCCUUGUCUCAAAAUAAAAAGUAAAAAGGUCUGGAGAUGUGGCUCAAUGCUUAAGCACCCCUGGGUUCAAUCCCCAGUACCAAAACACCACCACCAACAAAAAACCUAAAUGGAAGGGACCCUGCCUAGUAAUCCUGGCCACCUCCACAGUUGUUAAGGUCACAUAAAUCAGCAGCCGCAUACAUCACUCAAAGAGUGAAGAUAGCUCCUGCUUCUCCUGAGUCAGGACUGGAUUUGCAGACCCCCUUCAGUGAGCCAAUUGAGGACCUCAAGCUACUCUUUAGUACAAUCACUUAAGGAUUAGCUGAGUAUUUUAACAAGGUAAUAACUAUUUUGUCUUAUCUAUAACCAAACUUACUCAUUGUCUCUGCAAUGCUGACCAUAAAACCUUCCAACCAAGGUGUAGGGAUCUCCUUCCCAGGACUAAACCUCACCCUUUGGUCAGUAAUUGGCUCAAGUCAGCCUCUAAGAGAUCUUUAGAUCUAACAUAUUUGUUUAAAACUUUACAAUUGAUCCCAUAUAAUUCCUGACCCGAAAUGCAGACCAGAGUUGUGCCUCUGGAUGUGAUCAUGCGAUGGAAAUGUGUCAUAAAAGGCCAGGUACUCCAGGGGUUGCAAAAACUAGAAUAGGCAAAGGACUUGCAUCAAUAUCAGGACUGAAAUACAUUAAUGUGGGUGAUUUAGCUUGAGAAGGGUAGUUAUAUAAUGACUGAUGAAGAAUAUGAUUGUCCCAUUUUAGAUGAAGAUAGAAUAGUUGAUGAGUUAGAAAACCAAAUGAGAGAAGGUGAAACUGUUGUAGGGAUAGAUGAGGCAAGGCACCGAGGACAGCAGGAAACAGUUUUAUUUGGCUGCAGCCAUGUUCAGAGGGCACAGCUUUUGCUGUAAUCCGUUAAUCCCCUGAACCCCGAGUUCCUGUAGUUUCAGAGUUUUACACCCAGCAUGUAAGGGGAGGGGCUCAGAAGUUCACAGUCUGCAGAAGUCCACAUAAAAGCAGCUUUUUCUUUCACUGUUUUGGGCAAGUUAACCCUCCAAGGACAACACCUGAGAAGGGGGGAGCUUCUUCUCCCCUCUCUUUCCUCCCCCUGCCAGCUAUUACAAUGGAGCCCAACUGGCAACUUCUCUUAUCUUAAAAAUGUAGACAUCUCUGUGAAGCCCAGCUCAAGGCCAGAGGCCUUGUUUGCACAUUUCUACAAACUACUAUACUGGAUACGUUUGAAAAACUAGUAAGGGGUGUCCAGAACCUGGAGUGCUGGUAUUCUCAGCCAGUGGCCAAAUAAACAGGGCAACACGAAAAUAGGAAGUUUAUCUACAUUGGACUCUUUUGCAGAGACUCUUUUGCUGACAGUCCUAAAAUCAGCCAUGGUGAAGAUUUCUGGAGAAGACAAGACUUUUCUGUGGAGAAAGGGGGUGCCACUUUAAAACUAUUGUUGAUUACCAUAGUUGUGAUUUCUUCCUUGGACACUGGUUUCACAUAGUUUUUGUGUUGAGAACAGAUAACAGUUUAUUGUACAAAAGACUUGAAACAAGGGUUUAUGUGGUGAGAAGAAAUUAAAAGAUAACAUUCAGUGUGAGAUUUUUCAAGUUCUCUGUGAAGAAGCCAUAGCAUCCUACAGAAGAAAUUGUGCAUCAACUGUCCAGCAAUAAACCAGAACUAGAAUAAUAUAGAUCACAUCUUGAAAUGGAUUGAGCAGUGGGUUAGAGAUAAUAGCACUUGACUGGCCACUUUACAGUCACUCUUAUUGAUUUCUUUCUGUCCACUUCAUAGAAAUUGUCCACAUACCAGUAAAUAUUAAAAUCAUGUUGCAGUCCUA